CCAACUAAAAAUGAGAGAACAAUGUGCACGGAAUAAUUUCACUUAUGCAAGUACAAAAGGGCGCGAAAAUUUGCCGAUAGACUUUGCGGCGGUAGACCCAUACUUCGUCAUCUACAGCUUCAGGGUUUAAUGGUUUAUCGACCCCAAAAUUAGGUUUUAGUCUUAUUACUUCUCAUCUUCCACCUCUGCAACCACCAUUCCAGAACAUCUGCAAAAGUCGCACGCAAGCAACAUUCUCUGAAAUUUGAAUCCGCAGAAGGAAGAAGAGGGAGAGCGAGUGCAAGUUGAUCACUGAAUCACUGAUCGGUGCAACCAAUGUCCAAACCAGAAGCAGAAGCUGCUCCCAUGGCUGCUCUCGUUGUUGCUUCGCUUUCUAGAAGCUUCCACCAAGUGCCUCCCUCCGCGGUUCCCGCUACGCUCGAUUGUAUUCUCGCCACGACUGGCUUGCCACCGCUGUCACUCUUCGCUUCUUUCCUGGACGAUUUUCCUCAUCUUCUGAAGGGUAUUAUGUUGGAGGAUGAAAAUUUGGAUUCUGAUAAACAUCUCCAUCUUUUGUCAUUGUCAAGUGCUUUUUGUCAUCUACUGAAGAAAAUGGGGGCUGAUUAUGGUGCGAUGAAAUCUUUUAUGUAUAGAUGUUUCCUUCCUUUAGUUGUGGUGCUACAAACAUCUCAGCAUGACUUGCUUAAUCAGAUCACAGAAUGGUUCAUGGAUGUUGUGGUGGAAACGGGUGCCUGGGGUGUUUUCGAAGUAGCAUUGGUGCCAAAUUUUUUGAGAUCAGUUGGUCUUUCCAUGGGCAUGCUUCAUAGCGGUGAUUUAGAUUUCUAUGAAUGGAGUAGCAAACCAUCUUUCCAGGGUUCAUAUGAUGUCAUAAUAGAUCCACUAAAGGACAAGGAAUUAUUGCUGUCUUCUUCAAGUACUUUUACAUUGAGAACAUCAUGCAAUGUUUUGUCUCUAGUUAUGGAAGGUGCCCUUCAAUGUGCGCAAACACAUACAUUCUUUAAAUCAGCAGGAGAGGAACGGUGUAUUGCCGUUAAAUUUGUUGAAACUUUGAUUUGGGACUUGUGUAAUAUGACUGAGCGGAUGCUUUUGCAUAGUCUGGAUCACAGGUCUUGUGCUGUUGGUUUCUUUCUUCCCAUUGUUCACAAAGCAUUUCCUACGAAUCACAAAUUUGAAAUCUCAAUUCGUGGGCAGAGACAUGACUUUUCUCGGGGGCAUUUCUUCAUCAAACUUUGGAACUGCUGCAUUACACUGUUUUCAGGUGGAAAGUUAGAGAGAAGAGAUGCAUAUAAUGUACUCUCUUUGUGUUUUUCCUUUUUAUUGCCUGCAGAAAAAUGUGAAGAUGCUGAUUCAAUCUUUAGAAUUGAAGAGUUUGACAUAAGAGCAGAAAAGCAGUUCUGGGAUGAAAUAAAGACGGGGCUGGUUGACAAGGAAAAUUUAGUGCGAAAGCAGAGCUUACAUAUACUGAAGAUGGCUCUGAAUGUGCAAAGGGGAGCCAAUUCCAUCUCUAAAAUUUCAAAAAAUAAUACCAAUGUAACGCAUUCUGCACCUCAUGCUGUGACAAAAAGAGAUCGUUGGGCUUACAAGGAAGCCAAGUCACUUGGUGUUGGGAAACUUUUGACUUCAGAUGACUUAAUCUUCGACAGCAAACAGUUCUGGGAUGCAUUUGUCCUUCUAUAUGAGAUGCUUGAAGAAUAUGGGACUCACUUAGUUGAAGCUGCUUGGAAUAAUCAGGUCUCUUUGUUGCUUCAAUUCUCUGGGUCAUAUCACAAUGCUAGUAGUUGUAUUGGUGACGUUCAUCGAGAUCAACUUGAAAUCUGUGGUGAGACUUUCAAUUGGUUGCCCAUUCUAUGGGAACGAGGCCUUCAUCAUGGCAAUCCACAAGUAAGGUGCCUGAUCAUGCAGUCUUUUCUGGACAUAAAUUGGGAGGAUUAUGGAAACUACAUUAACUCGAUGCCUGAAGAUUUUGUUCUUGGUCCAUUUAUGCAAGGAUUGAAUGACCCAAUACACCACAAAGAAUUUGGCAUAAAAGGAGUUUACAUGUCAAGGGUAAUUGAAGGUGCUGCCCGGUUUAUACACCAUUAUGUUACUUUCCUGAUUCCAAGGAAACGCAUUGCAUUUUUGUGCAAUUUAGCAUCCACAGCUAAACACCAUUCCUUCGGACGAGCUGGACUUAUGGCGCUUGCUGAAUGCAUUGCAUUAGCUGCUGCAGGCAUUGGAACAACUGUUGAGGCCAGUACAAAAUCAUCUAAACACAUUGUUCCGAUGGAUUUUGUUUCUGGAGUAGCAAAUCAAACUGAUAAAAAAGAAUUACUGGAUAUUUUUAGAUAUGUUGUUGAGAGCAGCAAACAGCAUUUCAAUCCCAGUUACCGUCUUAAAGUUUGUAGCAAAAUUUUGGAGGCAGCUGUUUUGGUGGUGUGUACAUUUGAUAUUCCUCUUGAGAUUCUUCUGCUUUUCCUUUCAGCUUUUCCAAGGGAAUUUACAGAUUAUGGUGGUCAGCUAAGGGCGACUAUGAAAAGAUGGCUUUCAGGUUGCGGUGAAAAGGCUUGUUGUGGCAAUUGCUGUAGUAAUGAGAUAAAGCUCUGGGAAAGUCUUUGUGACUUCCCACUGAGCUUUGUCAGUAAUCAUCUUUCCAGUGCCUCCCUUAAUUAUGAUGAUGAGGACUUGAAUGCUUGGGAGUUUGAAGCAAAUAGAUGGGCAAGGGUACUUCUCCUUGCAAUCAAGAAGGAACAUCCAUUUGAACCUAUUUUAACGUUUCUUGAAAGCAGUGGUGCUGAUAUUUUGAAUCAAGGACAGGAUACCAAAUAUGUAAAAUUCUUGAUUCUUGCAUUGAGUUUAGUUCUGGAGCUUCAUAAAGCAAAGGAAAGAGCUGUUGAAUAUGGUAAUAAAGCCAGAACUGAUGUAGCAAAUGCCUUUUCUGGAAUAGUUGAUGGUCUUAGUCUAAUAGAAGGCGUCUCUAAGAAACUUGUUGAUAAAUUUCUUUAUUUGUUGGAUGAUCUCGUUCAGGUUGCAAACCAGGCCAGCUCCAUUUUCUGGUCUGGUGUUGUAACAGAGGACUCUACUCUGCCAGGUGCAGUGAAAGGAAAACUUGGAGGCCCUAGUCAACGAAGAUUGUCAAUUUCUGCCACCACUGCUGUAUUGCAGGCGGUUAUAUCUGUGAAGGCAUUAUCAUUAAUCUUGUUGUGGUGCAAACAAAUAAGAAGUGAUGCUCCACUAAACUCUGCUUUUAUAUUUAUAUGGCAAUUCUUCUGGAGGAGUACCAGAUCUCCCUGUUCCUGCUCAGAGACACAAGCUGAAAUUCAUCUUGCAGCAUAUGAAGCACUUGUUUUUGGGCUCAAAGUUCUAGCAUCCCCAUGCUUUCUUGGAUCUAUGUAUCUAAUUAAGGAAAAUGAGAACAUUCUUUCAGACACAGAAGGAAGGCCCUGGUUAGAUUCUAUGUGUGGAGCAUUUUUUCAAAAUAUCAAUGAUCUACUUAGAACAGGAGUUUUGGCUAGAACUCGAAGAGCAGUUUUGUUGGAUAUAAAGUGGGUGUGCCUAGAAUCUUUGUUGUCAAUCCCUUCUCAAGCUUUCCGGAAUGGGUUUCAUUUGGAGGAAAACCGUGCUUCCUUUUCUGAAGGGACUCUUGAAUGCAUUUUUAGUGAUCUUGUUGAAAGCCUUGAAAAUGCUGGGGAAAGUUCUGUUUUACCCAUGCUGAGAUCACUCAGAAUGUUAAUAGAGUUAGUCAGCAAUGUGAGGUCAAAUGCUGUUGUUUCUAUUUCUAAUAUAAUUGACACAGAGUCGAUAUGGAAUUUGGUCCGUUCCUCUUGGAUACUGCAUAUAAGCUGCAACAAGAGAAGAAUCUCUUCCAUUGCUGCUCUUUUGUCAUCUGUUUUGCAUCCUGUGUUUUUUAAUGAUGAAAUAAUGCACCAAAUAGGCAAUGCACCUGGACCCCUGAAAUGGUUUGUUCAAAAUCUUCUUGAGGAAGGAAAAAAGAGUCCUCGUACAAUUCGUCUGGCUGCACUGCACUUAACAGGGUUGUGGCUCUUAAAUCCUAGGAUUAUAAAGUUUUACCUAAAGGAGCUAAAGCUGCUGUCUCUCUAUGGUUCAGUUGCAUUUGAUGAAGAUUUUGAAGCUGAACUAGCUGACAACAAUGAUGCAAGACUGGAAGUGUCUCUAUUGGCGAGGAGCCCUGACCAAGAGCUGACUGAAGCAUUUAUUAAUACAGAGUUGUAUGCACGAGUAUCGGUUGCUGUUUUGUUUUACAAGUUGGCAGACCAGGCUAGGAUGGUAGGAUCACCAAGUGAAGAUGCAGACUGCAUUGCGGCUCUAGAAUCUGGCAAAUCAUUUCUUCUAGAGCUUCUUGACUUUGCGGUGAAUGAUAAAGAUCUCGCUAAGGAGUUAUACAAAAAAUAUAGUGCUAUCCAUAGACGCAAGAUACGUGUUUGGCAAAUAAUAUGUGUCUUGUCCCCAUUUGUUGAUGAAGAUAUAGUGGGGAAGGUUGUAGAUUACUUGUACAUAUCACUCCAUAGAAAUAACCUACCAGCAGUUCGUCAGUACCUAGAGACAUUUGCAAUCAACAUUUACUUGAAGUUUCCAUUUCUUGUUCAAGAAAAAUUGGUCCUGAUAUUGCGAGAUUAUGAUAUGAGACCACAGGCACUUUCUUCAUAUGUAUUCAUAGCAGCUAAUGUUAUUCUCAAUUCAUCUAAAGAUGUUCAAUCUAGACAUUUGGAUACAUUGUUUCCUCUGCUAGUUCCACUAUUAACUUCUCACCACCACAGUUUACGUGGUUUUACUCAGUUACUGGCAUACCAAAUUCUUCAUAAACUUUUUCCACUGUUGGAUUCUGGAUCUUCUGAGAUAUUAGCUUUAGAGAAGAGGUGUUUGGUUGAUUUGAAAACAUACCUAGCAAAGAAUUCUGAUUGUGCCCGCUUACGAACAUCAAUGGCAGGAUAUCUUGAUGCUUAUAACCCAAAUAGCUCUGCCACCCCUGCUGGGAUUUUCGUCAAUCGAGUUGAGGAAGGUGAUUUUGAAUGUGUUCCAACCUCUCUCAUGGAGCAAGUACUCAAUUUUUUAAAUGAUGCUAGAGAAGAUUUACGGUGUUCAAUGGCAAAGGAUGUGGUGACCAUCAGGAAUGAGACUCUAAACUUCAAUGGGGAUAAGAAUCAGUUGGAACAUCUCUCUGAUGCCAUCAAAGGAAACCAACUUAAAUAUAUUGCUUCAGAUUUCCAGAAAAAGGUUACUGUUACCAAACAUGACAAGGGGCAGAUAGAAGCAGGUUUCCUUUAUGGCAACGACGAAACCUAUAGAAAAAUGACUGAAUUGGAAAGGGAUGAUCUCCUUCUGGACAAUUUACUGCAGUCAAGAAGAUCUUCUCUCAAUCGACUAACUGAAAGUCGACAACAUUUUAUCUUUGUAGCAUCCUUGCUUGACCGCAUACCCAAUCUUGCUGGUCUGGCGCGGACAUGCGAGGUAUUUAGAGCAUCAGGGCUGGCUGUUGCUGAUGCAAACAUCAUAAGCGACAAGCAGUUCCAGUUGAUCAGUGUGACAGCUGAAAAAUGGGUUCCAAUCAUAGAAGUCCCAGUUGAUAGCAUCAAGGCUUACUUGCAGAAAAAGAAGAGGGAGGGAUUUUCCAUCUUGGGUUUGGAACAAACUGCAAAUAGCAUACCCUUGGACAAGUAUUCCUUUCCAAAAAAUACUGUCCUGGUUCUUGGCAGAGAGAAAGAAGGUAUACCUGUGGAUAUAAUUCAUAUAUUGGAUGCUUGCGUUGAAAUUCCCCAAUUUGGAGUUAUUAGAUCUCUCAAUGUUCAUGUCAGUGGCGCUAUUGCACUCUGGGAGUAUACUCGACAACAGAGGUCUCAAUAGCCCAUGCUUUGUGAGCAUAAUUUUGUAAGAAUUAUAUUUUAUAAUGUAACUGUAAUAUAAUUGUUGUGUUAUUAGAUAAGCGUUAUGGGAUUGGUCCCAUUGAAUUCGUUUGACAAUGUCAUGCUUAUCAUAAUUUUGUGGCUUACAUUGACCUAUGAAUAUAUAAAAAAAGGUGAAUAUGACAGAUAUUGUGAAACA